AUGAAGUAUAAAGAAAAGUACUACAACAUGAAGUAUAAAGAAAAGUACUACAACAUGAAGUAUAAAGAAAACAGCAGCAGCAGCUCCACCGGGAGGAUCCGGAUCCAGAGUCCGGGACUAGGAGCAGGGAUCGGGGCUGAGUCUCCAGCAGCAGCCGGUGGCCGGUACCGGUACCGGUGCCGGUGCUCGUCAUUAUCAGGUUGUCUCUGGUGGUACCGCCUGGUACCGCCUGGUACCGUGGUACCGUGUGUUAGUGGUACCGUGGUACCGUGUGUUAGAGGUAGAGUGGUACCGUGGUACCGUGGUACCGUGGUACCGUGUGUUAGAGGUACCGUGGUACCGUGUGUUAGAGGUACCGUGGUACCGUGGUACCGUGUGUUAGAGGUAGAGAGGUACCGUGGUACCGUGGUACCGUGUGUUAGAGGUAGAGUGGUACCGUGGUACCGUGGUACCGUGGUACCGUGUGUUAGAGGUACCGUGGUACCGUGUGUUAGAGGUACCGUGGUACCGUGGUACCGUGUGUUAGAGGUACCGUGGUACCGUGUGUUAGAGGUAGAGUGGUACCGUGGUACCGUGGUACCGUGUGUUAGAGGUAGAGUGGUACCGUGGUACCGUGUGUUAGUGGUACCGUGGUACCGUGUGUUAGAGGUAGAGUGGUACCGUGGUACCGUGGUACCGUGGUACCGUGUGUUAGAGGUAGAGAGUGGUACCGUGGUACCGUGUGUUAGAGGUACCGUGGUACCGUGUGUUAGAGGUACCGUGGUACCGUGUGUUAGAGGUACCGUGGUACCGUGUGUUAGAGGUAGAGUGGUACCGUGGUACCGUGUGUUAGAGGUAGAGAGAGGUACCGUGGUACCGUGUGUUAGAGGUAGAGAGGUACCGUGGUACCGUGUGUUAGAGGUACCGUGGUACCGUGUGUUAGAGGUAGAGAGGUACCGUGGUACCGUGGUACCGUGUGUUAGAGGUAGAGUGGUACCGUGGUACCGUGUGUUAGAGGUAGAGAGAGGUACCGUGGUACCGUGUGUUAGAGGUACUGUGUUGUUUAAAGGGAGUUUGGCGAAGUGUCCUGAAGCUAAAGGUGCUAACCUGCAGAGCAGCUAGCCUCUGAAACCAGUUAGCCGGUUGAGCUCCUCAUCAGAGUCCUUCAGUGUUUAACAGCAGACUGACAAUCACACACUUCAUCAAUGUAGUCUGCUGACAGUCACCUGUUCACCUGUUCACCUGUUCACCUGUACACCUGUCUGGGCUUUAAACUGGGUUGAAUGUAGACUCAGUCUGCUUAUAUGGGGGCUAAAGUUAGGCUCUUAAUGUUGUCAGAGUGGAGGUCUGGAACCAGGUAGAACCAGGUGGGAGCCUAGAGACAGGUAGAACCAGGUGGGAGCCUAGAGACGGGUAGAACCAGGUGGGAGCCUAGAGACGGGUAGAACCAGGUGGGAGCCUAGAGACGGGUAGAACCAGGUGGGAGCCUAGAGACGGGUAGAACCAGGUAGAACCAGGUGGGAGCCUAGAGACGGGUAGAACCAGGUGGGAGCCUAGAGACGGGUAGAACCAGGUGGGAGUCUAGAGACGGGUAGAA